AUCAGACAGUCACCAGCUUUCUAUCCAGCCUUAACAUGAAGUUCCUCAUCGUCUUCGUCGCCCUUUUCGCCAUGGCCGUGGCCCGCCCCAACGAAGCCCAGAUCGUGAGGCUGGAUGCCGAUGUGCAGCCCGACAAGUGGAGCUCCAACCUGGAGACCAGCGACGGCACCAAGAUCGACCAGCAAGGUAACCUGAAGGACAUUGGUACCGAGCACGAGGCCGCCGUCGUCCACGGAUCCUUCUCCUGGGUGGAUGAGAAGACCGGCGAGAAGUUCACCGUCACCUACGUCGCCGAUGAGAACGGAUACCAGCCCCAGGGUGCCCAUUUGCCCGUGGCCCCAGCUGCUUAAACUGUCCUUGAUCACAAAACGAAAUUUGUUUAUUCAGAGUCUAAAAUAAAUCGAUUGUUAAUUGCAAA